AUGCUCACCACAACACUCACACGUUCAAUCCGUAAACGCAUCAUCUCAAACCUAGCAUCAAAAUCCCCCAAAACAAUAUCACCACAAUUCAAAUUAUCUCAAGCCCCAACAAUCCGCACCAUGGCAUCCCACAAGCCCAACUCCGGACCCCCAGCCCACGAAAUGGUCUAUUUCCCUCGUAUGACGACCUCGCUGCCCUCCUCGUCGGCCGAGUUCCGCAAAGUCCUCUUCACGGGCCUCUACUCGCAGGUAGUGCUCAUGACCAUCCCGGUCGACGGCGACAUUGGCGAUGAAGUGCACACGGUGGAUCAAGCGCUCACGUUUACGUCCGGGGAGGGCUUGGCGACGAUUAAUGGCAAGGAGCAGGUGGUGAAGGCGGGAGAUCUUGUGGUUGUGCCGGCUGGGACGCAACAUCAGUUUGUUAAUACGGGUGCCACGCCUUUGAUUUUGUAUACAAUAUACUCGCCGGCGGAACAUAAUAGUACGACGAUUCAUCAUACGAAGGAGGAGGGUGAUGAAGAGGAGGAGAAUGGUAAGGACGAGGCGCCUGAGUGGGCGACGAAGACGAAGAAGCAGAAUAAGGAGAGCGGGGCUGUAAAGGAAAGUGGGAAGUAUUAA